AUGGCUAGUGCAUGGCGCUGGCAAACCUGCUCACACUCCAGCAUGCUUUCACCAGUUUCAGUCCAACUUCAAAAAUCCCCAUACGAUUUUGGAACUAUGUUUUCUGCUCAGAGUGCAAGAACAAAGAAUGACGAGCGGUUAAGACCCCGAAUGAGCGGAAACAAAGACGGCCCGGGCUUGGCGGUCACCUCCGCCUCCGACGUGAACGGGCUCACUGGCUCUACCCCCCCGACGGGCGUCAAGUGCACCCAGCACUCGAUUGUUCCUUCUCUUAUCGACUUGAGCGCGACAUCCGCUGCCCCGACGAUGGAUCACUGGGGCGACCCUUGGGCCGAUAAUGGCGACACAACAUCUCCGCAGAAGGACGAGAUAAAGACACCGCUGCCGCUCCCCACGGGCGCCGUGCUUCUGGGUGGAUUCAUAGAUGAUGCACAGUGGGGCAGUUCUGAGCACGAUGAGCCCCUCGAAGUAGUACGGAGGGAUGGAAUGGAUGAUGGGGGGUGGGGAAGCCUGGCAGAGGAGCAGGAGAACAUAGUAUCAGAGGCAUCCGACUCAGCAACAACCAUCCAACCAGACGAUAUCCCUGACCUGUCCUCACAUGACUUUCCAGGCGUUCCAAAAGUCGAUGACGAUCUUUCCACGAGACCUUCCACCUCGCCGUCCGACGUCAGCCAGACAGACGCUCCAGUUGAGUCACCGCGAACAUCCUUCGAAGAUGAGCGUCGGACAUUUAUACCCGAAGACUACGAGGAAAAAGCGAAAGAGCCCGAUGCGUGUUGUCCGGUGCUUGGAUCCUCUGCAAAUGGAAGCUCCGAGGAUGAUGACUUUGGAGAGUUUGAGGACGAUCAUCAUGAGAACAACGAGCCCCCAUGGAAGGAUGAGAUACCAUCACGAGACUCAAGUGAGAUUCCCAAACAGGCUUACCUGGGGCACGUUCGAGAUUCUCUGCAGGAUACCUUGCCUAAGCGGGCGGUUAUAGAAACGCCCGCAUUUAUAGCCCCUGAUUCCGAGCUGUUCCUAGUAGCCCAGCUGUUUCCGCCUCCAAAGCCCAGAGAGGAGUUGCCAACCACCCCCGACGAUCCCAUAUCAACAACGUCCGCCCGCAAAGCGUGGUAUCGACUGACCCGGAAACAGACAAUGCGGGAGUUCAACAGCGGCAACGACGAUGACAACUACGUGCGAGUGACUUGGGAAACCUCACAUAUUCGAUCUGAAGUUACUAAAAUUGUGGGGAGAUGGGCCUCCGAGGACCUGAUCUCAGGCCGUGGACAGGCCGGGGGUGCUGGAUUCAACUGGGAUCAUCGCCCCUCGCCUACUCCCAACAUGACUAGCAUUCAUCCAUACAAGAAGUCUUCUAUACCUACCACAUCUCCAAUUCGACCGACUAAGCAGGUUGUGCAACCCUUUUCAACCAAUGUGCCCGCAGCAUCAUUCAGUUGGAGCUCUACUCCUUCGGCUUCACAAGACCCUUCACAGCAGCGGAAUCCGAGCGUUCGCUCAACGUCCUCGCCCUUUGCGUCGAAACGCAUCCCCGAGGCGAGAGCUCAAGGACAUGAAGUGCGUUCAGUGUCGGUAGAUCUCACUAAUCGAGGCCCGCAACAACCAUAUCAUAGGAGAACAGCCACCUCGUUUCCUUUUGCUGCGACGAAGACGAAUGCACCUAAGCCUCCCUUGCCUGCGGGCCAAGCCUCCAGCAUCUUAAUAGGAGAUACACCAAUUCCGGGUACCCGGGUCGUGACAGAACAGCCUGCAGUCUCCUUCCGCAAUCCGAAACCAUCCAUGGAUGCGGUGUCUUUGCACGAUAUCGAUCAUUUAGAGAAUAAGUCAAAGUUGGCACCUGUCGCUACAGACGAUGAAGAUGACUGGGGUGAAAUGGUGGAAUCUCCUGCAACCUCGAUUCCGCCUCCUCUCCCAGAAAACGAACCGGCAGGAAACCCCCCAGAAUCCACAUCAACCCCAUCCACUACACCGAAAGCUACCAGGCCAUCUCCCUCCCAACCUCCGAGUUCCCGCCACGCGUCACCAAUUGUCCGGCUUAAGAGCACAGUCUCCCCAACGUCAGCAAGAUUCGGUUUCCAGGGCCUUCCCCCACAGACGACGGAAAUUGGGCCUAUCGGACCUCAGCUAUUGAAACCGGUAUCGAAGUCUGCUAACUCUACACCUGAAAAGACCCGUGCAAGGCCAAGAGCAUCAUCCAAAUCGGAAGAACUGGAAUAUCAGAAACCAGCCCCGCCUAAUUUCUACACUAGUGAGUCUGACGGCUUCUCUGAUUUCGAGUCUUCCGUACCUCCGCCUAUGAACCUAGAGACCCCACCUAGCCCCGUGGCCUCCACACCACCGCCACCUCCACCUCCUCCCCCACCAAACGAACACCUACCCUCCGACCCCUUCUCUGAGGCCGACUUCUCGCUCUUCGAAUCCACACUUCCCACCACCACUGUCACCCUCACAGGGCCCCGCGCACUCGACCCUUCCGACCCCUUCUCCAUCUUCGAAUCUGCCCCUCCCAUACCCAAUAUUCCAUCAGCACCUUUCACACGUCCCCUACCCCAACCCGUAACACCGCCCCCCAAGCUUCCCUUGACUGGAGCUUCAAAUUCUGCGCAAAGACGGAAGGCGGAGGAAGACGAGAUCGUUCGGACGAUUGUGAACGGGUUGCCGGAUUUGGGGUAUAUGCUGAAGCGAUAGGAUGAAUCGGAUGGGAUUUUGCAAGAAUUCUGUAUAUGUAUUCGGAAACUUUAGUUUGGAGUAGGAUGGGAAUGGAUGUAUUUUGCACGCAUGGCGUUUUGGGGAUAUCCUCUGGGUUGGAUUUUCAGUGGUUGUAUUGGCAAAUUUAUGCCUGGAGAAU